AAUUACCCCCUUGGUUCAGAGUACAGCUUUAAUAAAUCUAAAACAAUUUAAAGUUACUGAUAUUUAGGUGUGCAACCAUUUAGUUUUGCAAACACAACUGAAUUUGAGAAGCCAUAGUCGAGAUGUCCAAAGCCCGAGCUAACCCGUGCGAUGCAUCUAACAAAACAACGUUUCGAGUCGACUCGGAGUGCUACACAUUGUAGUACAUACAGCGGAGAGAUCCCAUGGGACAGGCAGCGCACACAGUGACAACGAUAGAAGGAGGAGGAAGGAGCAUGUAGCGUUAUUAGUCCUAGCAGGGAAGGAGACGCCGGAACCACUAUGCAGACACCUAAACCCAGCUCUGUUCACCUGACUGAAUGGCAAAAGAACGCGUUUGCUCUGAGUUCCGGCACCUGCUCCCCAGGACAGAAGGCAGAUAUGUACCGUGCACAUAUCUCACAGAUUCAGUAUGCAUGGGUAAACUCUGAGAUUUCCCAGGCAUCAGCAGCCCACCUGUUCAAGAAAUAUACUGAAAGGUACGCUGCCAUUAUUGACUCUGACAAGGAGGGGACUGGCCUGAAUAACUACGCAGACAGCAUUAUUUCUUUGGCCAGAUGUCCACGGAAUGACAGUGACAAGUGGCAGUCUUCUUUGACUACCAGCAGUGUUUUAAAAUUAAAGCGUGUGCAGGAAAUGUUCCAGGCUGCUAGAACAGAUUUGCAGUCUCUAGUGACUCCAGCAGAUUCAUCGGUCAGGGUUGGUAAUGGGGUCAGCACCUUUGGAAAUUCAUCGGUAACAAGUAAUGUCCUUAGCAGUUCAGGACAUAAGAAAACCGAACUUACCUCAUUAGAGUGUCCAGUAACAAAAGAUAACUCGAACGUUAUUCAGAAUACAAAACAUUCCAUUGCAGCAAAGACAAAAGAUUGCACAAAUACUAAUUUCUCACCCACUGCUCCACACUGCAGUAAACAGUUUCAGGCAAAUCCAAUAUUUGGAAUUAAGGAUCCCAACGUGUCUACAAAUGUAUGUACUGUGUCUGGGCAAAAUCUGUUUUCUUCCAGUACUACACAUUCAGGAAAGAGGAAAACCUUUUAUUCAACGGGGGAAGAAAUUGGGGAUACACAGAAAUACCAGACCAUUCCAAGGCAACCAGCUAGCAGACCUAACUGCGGUCCAACAGAUGAAAGUGGCUUUAAAACAGCUAAAGAACAGCUGUGGGUUGAUCAGCAGAAGAAGUAUAAUGGUCAGCCCCAGCAUAACUCGGGACCUGGUACUUACAGUACUGGGAAAAAGUCACUGGGAGCCGUUCGCUCUCGUGGACUCCAUGGAAAAUUUGUGCCUCCUAUUGCUAAGCAAGAUGACUGUGAUGUUGGCUAUACGGCACAAAGAAAAGCAUAUGGAGAAAGUAGCACUGAGACAAAUUUACCAUCUGAUGAGCGUUUGAGAAAUAUAGAGCCAAAAAUGAUUGAAUUGAUUAUGAGUGAGAUUAUGGAUCAUGGACCUCCACUGAACUGGGAUGAUAUAGCUGGUUUGGAGUUUGCCAAAACUACUAUAAAGGAGAUAGUGGUAUGGCCAAUGCUAAGGCCAGAUAUUUUCACUGGUCUUCGAGGGCCUCCAAAAGGAAUUUUGCUCUUCGGACCUCCAGGGACAGGAAAAACUCUGAUAGGCAAGUGUAUUGCUUGCCAAUCAGGUGCCACGUUUUUUAGCAUCAGUGCGUCUUCACUGACUUCUAAGUGGGUUGGCGAAGGAGAAAAGAUGGUACGUGCACUCUUUACAGUAGCUAGGUGUCACCAGCCUGCUGUGAUCUUCAUAGAUGAAAUAGAUUCUCUUUUAUCUCAACGUGGUGAGGGGGAGCAUGAAUCUUCAAGAAGGAUCAAAACAGAAUUUUUAGUGCAGCUAGAUGGGGCUACAACUUCCUCAGAUGACCGUAUCCUGGUGGUCGGUGCAACUAACAGACCUCAAGAAAUAGAUGAAGCUGCUAGAAGACGACUUGUUAAGAGACUCUACAUUCCUCUUCCAGAAGCCUCAGCCAGAAAGCAAAUUGUUGUCAGCUUGAUGUGUCGGGAGCAUUGCAUCCUCAGUGAGCAAGAAGUGGAGGCAAUAGUUGUACAGGCUGACGGAUUUUCUGGGGCAGACAUGACACAGCUUUGUCGAGAAGCUGCCCUCGGUCCUAUUCGUAGCAUUCAGGCAAUGGAUAUUUCAACUAUUAAACCUGAACAAGUCCGACCCAUUGCUUAUAUUGACUUCCAAAAUGCUUUCCAGACAGUGAGGCCCAGCGUGUCCAAGAAGGAUCUAGAAUUAUAUGAAAACUGGAACAAAACAUUUGGGUGUGGGAGAUAAAAAUAAAACCCAUUAUCAAACGCAAAGAAACUAAUCAUAAACAAUUAUUUAUUAUUGCACCGCUAUUAAAGUAUCAAAUGAAUCUCUUAAAGGCUAUUAGUUCUAGAAGAGUUUAACUUCUUUAUAAGUUGUACAUCUUGAUCAAUUUACUCCAAAUUUUUUUUUCUAUUUAUCCAAUUUUGGUUUGCCUGUCACAUUUGUUUCGAGGCAAUAAUAAAGACACUUGUACCAAA